AUGGCGUCCGUGGUGCAGUGGGCGGGCACACUUGAGGCUAUUUACGCCCGACAGUCCGGAGGGCAGUUGGCUUGGCUCUAUAAUCCUUUUCGUGUCGCCAAAAUACCAGGAGAUGAUACCCCCUACCGAAACAGACAAAAACUGUUAAGAGAAAAUGAAGUGAGCAAUAUUAGUGAUGUUCAACUUAAAACGUUCCUCGAUUCCGAAGUUUCAUCCAUACCUGACAAGCUUAAAGAGGUAACACGAAUAUUCUUCGGACUACUACAAGCAUCAUUUAAUAACAGAUGGAGACAGGUUAUUGCACUUGGUUUGGAUGCUAUAGAUAUUUGGGUGAGUAGUAUACGUGAUUUGGAGGUACCCGGUUGGACAAGUGCUGGGCUGGCGAGUAUUAUAGGAUUUUGUAUUGACAUAGCAGACCGUACGGAAUCAACAAGUUGUUUGGAUGAUGAGAUGGAGACGGAUGGUGGAUGUCAAAAUUUACAGCGAAUUCUUAAUGGAAUCCGGAAGCAUAUUGGGAAGUUUCGUGGUGAGAGUGAUGUGAGUCAGAUUGGUGUGUAUACUAUCCUAUUAACUGAGUCAAUACGUUUAUGUCUUAAGUUAAAUAACCCCCCGAUGGCGACGGCCUUUCUAAAGACGAUUCCUUCGCAGCAAUUACCGCCUCGUUCUCAAAGAGGUCCUGCAACCCGAUUCAAAUUUUAUUAUGGCAAUUUGAUGUUGCAGAAAGAGCAAUUUCAUGAGGCUACAGAUCCACUGAAUUGGGCUUUGGCCUACUGUCCGUCAAAAUCUACUCAAUUACGGAGGCAGAUUCUGGCAUGUUUAAUCGCCGCUAAAAUCCAUUGUGGUUAUCUUCCCACUCGUCAACUAACCGAGGCCAACAAUCUACAACACUAUGACGGAAUAAUAGAAGCUAUCAGGACGGGUAACUUGCAUCUGUUUGAUGCCACAAUGAGCCAGCACGCUCAACAGUUCUAUGCUGAAGGGACAACCAUUUGUUUAAACAAGUCAAAAUUGAUUGCGCAACAAACGCUAUGCAUCAGGGUAUACAAUUGGAUUAAUAAAUACACCACCAUCGAUGCCAAUUCUUCACAACAAGCACAAACCAUCCUGGUACCGGACCCUCCAAAUAUCAUCCAUCUAAACUACUUUACUGCCGCUUUAAGACUCAGCAGUCAGGACGAUGGAAUUGACGCAGAAGAAACUAUGUGUAUCAUUGCACACCUGAUCCAGCAAGGUCUAAUUAAAGGGUAUAUAGCCUGGCAACAGUGCAAACUUGUCUUAUCUAAAAUUAACCCAUUUCCUUCCAUCGUGAAAACUCGGUAA